AUGUCAUUGGUUGAGGACACUUUGAGACAGCGCCAGAUUGGCACCUUGGAGAGAAUGCUCCAUUUGAACAAAGACGGUGCCGCGGACUUGACGUUGGCCAGUCAGACAGAAGAGUUGGUGUGGAAGGUGUUGGUACUUGACUCCAAAUCCCAGGCAAUUGUAUCGUCGGUCCUCCGGGUGAAUGACUUGUUGAGAUGUGGAGUAACAAUCCACUCGUUGAUUCACUCUAAGAGAUCGCCGUUGCCUGAUGUGCCUGCUGUGUAUUUCGUUGAGCCCACUACUGCCAACAUCAAGCAGAUUAUAGAAGAUCUCACCAACGAGAUGUACGAGGGCUUCUACAUUAACUUCACAUCCACCAUUGACCGUGAAUUAUUGGAAGAAUUUGCUAAAAAAGUGGCCAUAUCUGGCCAGGGCCAUAAAAUCCAUCAAGUGUACGAUCAGUACUUGGAUUUCAUAGUCACAGAGCCAGAGCUCUUUUCUUUGGACUUAGAUCAAGUGUACACCAAAUUCAAUAAUCCUUUGACCAAAGAGGACGAAAUCCAUCAAUUAGCAGACACUAUUGCCAACGGAAUUUUAGCAUCUAUCAUCACAUUGGGUAAUAUUCCAAUUAUCAGAUGUUCUAGGGGUGGCCCUGCCGAAUUGGUGGCUACGCAAUUGGACUUGAAGUUAAGAGACUAUGCCAAUAAUACCAGAACAUUAAAUAAUAACAGUAGCAGUAAUACCCAGCUGGGCAACAAUGCCGGAGCGUCUUCAAACGGUACGGCUGUACAGCAGAGACCGGUUUUAAUCCUUUUGGACAGAUCAAUUGAUUUGGCAUCAAUGUUCUCUCAUUCUUGGAUAUACCAGUGUAUGGUAAGUGAUGUAUUGGAGUUAAAGAGAAACACUAUAAAGGUCGUAAAAUUUGAUGAUACUAAUACUUCUCCUGAUGGAACAGUCAAACAAAACGUAAAGCAGUACGAUGUCGAUCCGAAUGACUUUUUUUGGUACAAAAAUUCCCAAUUGCCAUUCCCAGAUGUUGUUGAAAAUGCUGAUAUGGAUCUUAACACUUACAAAAAAGAUGCACAUGAUUUAACUGCAAAGACAGGUAUUUCAUCCUUCAACGACAUCGACCCUUCGAAUCCAAACGCAGAUACUGCCAACAUUCAACAGGCUGUGGAUGCGUUGCCCGAAUUAACUGCAAGAAAGGCAACCCUUGACAUGCAUAUGGAUGUACUUGCUACCCUUUUAAAAGAAUUGGAGGCCAAGUCGUUAGACAAAUUUUUCGAAAUUGAACAGAAUUACAAUGAUCCUAAAAUACAGAGUCAAUUUUUGGAGAUCUUAAAGAGCGAAAGUAAAAGAGAUAACAGCGCUGACAAGUUGAGAACAUAUCUUAUCUUGAUAUUAGUUACAAAUUUGCCGAAAUCAUUCCAAGACGAAUGUGAAUCUAUAUUAAGAUCGAAAGAAGGCUUGCUGGAUAAGUUGAAUGCGUUGAAUUACAUUAAAAAAUAUAAAGAAAUUAUGAAACUUUCCAACUUACCUUUGACCGAUUUAGCCAAUGACGGAGGGUCAUCUGGGUCCAGUAAUGGAGGCUACGAUUCUAAGAAUAAUUCUGCAUUGUUCAAUGGUUUAUCAUCCAAAUUGUAUGGAUUGACCGAGGGAAGAAUUACUGAAGGAUUGACUUCAUUAGCGUCAGGUUUGAAGAAUCUUUUACCUGAUAAAAAGCAGUUGCCUAUUACCAAUGUAGUUGAAGCAAUUAUGGAUCCAACCAAUGCACCAACUUCUUCAGUUCAAUUGACCGACGACUACCUAUAUCUUGACCCUAAAUCAAGAGGAGGGCACUCGAAGCCUCCCAAAAGACAAACCUACCAAGAUUCCUUGGUGUUCAUCGUUGGUGGUGGUAAUUAUCUAGAAUAUCUGAAUCUUCAAGAGUGGUCCAACCAACCUAACAAACCAAAUAAAAGUAUCACCUACGGUAGUACCUCAAUCAUCACAGCUACCGAAUUCUUAGAUCAAUGCGCUCGUCUUGGAAAGUUGGAAAAUUAG